ACACGACGUCGUCCGUGCAACAAGUGUCAGGAGGCGGCGGCGGCGGCAACGGUGGCGGUUGCUUGAACUCGGUGCGAUACCGUGGAACACGCAAUACGUGGUGCAUGGUGCCAGUUAAUCGGUGAUAUCGGGUCACGUCGGCGAUCAUCGUCAUCGUCAUCAUCAUCGUUGGUCUAGACCGUCACCACGACGUGCUGAGAGGAUCGUCACCGGCUUAGGCGCGGGAUGGGCUGCGCCGUGAGCACCACCGGCGAGAAGGAGGCCGCCGAACGGUCCAAGAAGAUCGACAAGGACCUCCGCGCUGAUGGCGAGCGCGCCGCAAGCGAGGUCAAGCUUCUGCUGCUCGGUGCUGGCGAGUCUGGCAAGUCGACGAUAGUGAAGCAGAUGAAAAUCAUUCACGAGACCGGCUACAAUAAGGAAGAAUGCGAGCAAUACAAACCCGUGGUGUACAGCAACACGAUACAGAGCCUAAUGACGAUAAUCAGAGCCAUGGGAGAUCUCAGAAUCGACUUUGCGGAUCCUAAUAAAGCGGAUAUGGCGCGGCAAUUUUUCACCCUAGCAUCGGCAACGGAGGAAGGCGAACUAACCGGGGAACUGGCGCUAUUAAUGAAGCGAUUAUGGCAGGACGCGGGAGUGCAGCUCUGUUUCACACGUAGCAGGGAAUACCAGCUCAACGACUCGGCGGCGUACUACCUUAACGCACUUGACCGCAUAGCGCAGCCCAAUUACAUACCGACGCAGCAGGAUGUUCUGCGAACGCGCGUCAAAACCACAGGAAUCGUGGAAACGCACUUCUCUUUCAAGGGUUUACACUUCAAAAUGUUCGAUGUUGGCGGUCAGCGAUCCGAGAGAAAGAAGUGGAUACACUGCUUCGAAGGCGUCACCGCGAUCAUCUUCUGCGUCGCUCUCAGCGGCUACGACCUGGUGCUCGCGGAGGACGAGGAGAUGAACCGAAUGAUAGAAUCGAUGAAACUGUUCGACUCGAUUUGCAACAGCAAAUGGUUCGUUGAGACGUCGAUCAUAUUGUUCCUAAACAAGAAGGAUCUGUUCGAGGACAAGAUCACCAGGAGUCCGCUCAGCAUCUGCUUCCCGGAGUACAAGGGCGCGAACACAUACGAGGAAUGCGCCUCGUACAUUCAGAUGAAAUUCGAGAAUCUGAACAAGAGGAAAGAUCAGAAACAGAUCUACACGCACUUCACGUGCGCCACGGACACGUCAAACAUACAAUUCGUAUUCGACGCUGUGACCGACGUAAUAAUCAAGAACAACUUGAGCAAUUGCGGAUUGCUCAGCUAAACGUUCCGGCAAACUCGAUCAGUAAAUUUAUCCGAGACAAGAAAUAAAUCUCAUGGGGAUAUAGAUCUUCGUGAAAGUAUAAACGUUGGAGAAAUGAUGAAGAGACUGAUUGAAAGUUCUAAAUCGCGUCUUUACAAGAACACGACGUGUGCCUGAUUACGCGAGAAUUUUACUCAUUUACAGACUCUUUUGGAAUACUUUAUCACGAUAUCAUGUAAGUUUGUUUUUUUUUUUUNNUUUUUUUUUUUUGUACUCGAUUCUGUAGUUUUUAUAAAGCGACCGCUGUCUUUUGUACAAAAUUCUUCGCGAAUUCGUUCGGAGUUUCUUGUAUGAAUAUGCAACUCUUAUUUAAUUGGUUUUAAGUUCGGCAAUGUGUGUGAGACAAGUAUUAUCCAGUUAACGAACAACUAUUUAAAAGGCAAUCGGGAGUCAGAUAUCAAGGUAAAAAAAAAAACUUUUACGUUGCUGCCAGAAUAUAUAUAUAUUCUAGAAAUAAUAUAUAUAUAUUCUAGAAAUAUAGAUAUAUAUUUCUAGAAUAUUCUUAGCGUAUCCUGUUUUUUACACACUUUACAGUACGCGCGGUUAAUUAAUUACGUGUCGAUCUGAUUGAAUAAAAUUUGUAUCUGAAGAAAUUCGUGACGGUAAUUGUGUCUCUUUUUUGUUUUUGCAAUUAAUAAUUUUCUUAAAAGGACAAAAAAUUGCAAAACUUUUUUUGAAAAAAAAUA